GACAAGCCCGCAGUGCCUCAACGCAUCCAGUGGAAAUGACAAACCAGAGGAGCAGCACGGGCCAGCAUGUCAAAUAACAGCAAUAAUCAUGGGCUUUAGUGUUAGCAACUCAUCGGAAACUCACCCCCUCAGACACUAACGAGACAUCUUUGGGCCGUUUUGUGGGUCUGCGGGCGCCUCAAAGUUAGAGCGGGCUCUCAAAUGGACGUCGAUGGACUGGAAUGAAACCUCCACUUCUGGGCUGAAGGAAGGAGGGAAAGAAAACUCUGCAUGUUCAAGUUUCCUGCUGCAACCAGAGGGGCAUCGGUGCGUGCGUGUUGGAUGUGUGUGUUGGUUGCGUGUGUGUGCGCGCCCGCAGGACCAGCAGCAGCGGCGGCGGUGGUGGUGGUGGUGGUGGUGGCGGCGGCCGCGGGAAGGGAAGUUUAGCGCCGUGAUUUGUCUUCUUUCCCUCUAUUCUGUUGCUGUGUUGUUUUUCAUGCCACACCAGCGGACAGGCGGAUUAACGUUUCCCUGAUGAAAAUUAAUCAUGUGUGGAGCGGCUCUGUGAUCGUGACUUUGAUGAUGUCGAGUAAGAGCGUGGAGUGGCUGCAGGAGGAGCUGGAGUCCGGGGCCGGCUCUCUGCUGCUGCUGGACUGCAGAGCCCAUGAGAUGUACGAGUCCUCGCACGUCGAGUCGGCCAUCAACUUGGCCAUCCCGGGCCUCAUGCUGCGGAGGUUGAAGAAGGGCAACCUCCCGAUCCGCUCCAUCAUCCCCAACAACGAGGACAAGGAGAAAUUUGUCAAGCGGUGCAAGACGGACGUGGUGGUUCUUUACGACGAGGCGACCUCGGAGCGGCAGGAGUCCGGGAUGGGGAGCUCCGUGCUGGGGCUGCUGCUGCAGAAACUGCGGGACGACGGGUGCAAGGCUUUCUACCUGGAGGGGGGCUUCAACAAGUUCCAGUCGGAGUACCCUGAGCACUGCGAGACAAAUUUGGACUGCUCGUGUCCCAGCAGCUCCCCACCAGCCUCCGUCCUCGGUCUGGGAGGACUCCGCAUCAGCUCUGACUGCUCAGACGGGGAAUCUGACCGCGAGCCGGGCAGUGCCACAGAGUCAGAGGGCAGCCCGCUGCCCAACAACCAGCCAGCGUUUCCGGUCCAAAUCCUGCCGUACCUUUACCUGGGCUGUGCCAAAGACUCCGCCAACCUGGAUGUGCUCAGCAAGUACAACAUCAAGUACAUCCUCAACGUGACGCCCAACCUGCCCAACAUGUUCGAACAUGAAGGGGACUUCAAGUACAAACAGAUCCCCAUCUCUGAUCACUGGAGCCAGAACCUCUCUCAGUUUUUCCCCGAGGCCAUUUCAUUCAUUGACGAGGCACGCUCAAAGAAGUGCGGCAUCCUGGUGCACUGUCUGGCCGGGAUCAGCCGCUCGGUGACUGUCACGGUGGCCUACCUGAUGCAGAAGCUCAACCUGUCGCUCAACGAUGCGUACGAUUUCGUCAAGCGGAAAAAGUCGAACAUUUCCCCAAACUUCAACUUCAUGGGCCAGCUCCUGGACUUUGAGCGGACGCUGGGCCUCAACAGCCCCUGCGAUAACCACUCUUCCCCGACGCACGACCAGCUCUUCUUCACCACCCCUACCAAUCACAAUGUGUUUCAACUGGACACGCUGGAGUCCACAUGAAAAUAAGAGGGGAGACUGUCCCUUUUUUGGGGGGUAUAAAGGUGGUGUUGUUACCAAGGUAACAAGCGGCUGCACUGGAGGGGAGCAGCCAGUUUUAAUGAAUGUUUUAGCCUCGUGAGGCUCGUUGUCUGAGCCUGGGCAAGAAGCAGCGUCGGAGGGGCAGGGGAGGUCACAGAUGCCACAUUUUAACUACAUAGUAGUUAAAAAAAAAGGGAACAGGAUGUUUUUUUAACCCAGAGGGAGAACUGAUGAUGGGUUUACGAUGGCGUCCUCCUUGAGUUGAUUGAAAUCAAGGCAGGUAAGAGCCCAGAUCAACUUGUCUUCUCACACAGAACGGAGGAGACAUAACUGACUGAGAAACUGAGCGAAAGGCGCAGCAGGACAGACAGCUUCAUACAAAGAUAGGAAAUAUCUAAAGCGCUCGACUUAUGAGACAACAACAUCCUUUCUGUCUUUCUGUCUCGGCUCUCGAGGCCGAGCUGAGUGGUGCCAAGUGGAAAAUCUGGGAUUUCCUUGUAGGAAAUCUCGCUCUACUGAAUGAAGAGUUUUACAAACCAAGGAAUUAACACACACAUGCGCGCACACACAAACAAAGUAUGUAUGUUUGUACUGUAUGUACUGUAUGUAUGUUAACGUACAUAGCAGAAAAUGUAUGGGCAAUCCUUAACAAAUUCAGUAUGUCUAUAUGCAUUAUUGUAUGUUUGUGUGUACAUUUACGCACAAAUCUAUACCUUAUAUAAAUAUAUACGCAUAGAAAUCUUAUCUAUCCAAUCCAACAAUGGCUUAAGAGAUUGUAAAAUUAAAGAAGGGGAAUGGGUGUGGCGACUCCAACAAAGAGGAACGUUAUUCCUAGUUGUCUUUUUUUAAAGUUUCGCUUUUCUUUUGGGUUUGUAAUGACCUAAUGCAGUUUGCACAGUGGUGUAGCCAUUGACUUGUUGGCACAUGGAGCCGGUGCUGGAAGCAGGCAGAUAAAGAGACAUUCAGAGAAGAGGAGCGGAGAGGAGAGGCCAGUCCCAGGCUGCGACGAGUCCCGACAGCUGCACAGUGGAGUGGGGGGGGGAGCAGGAACUGGCCCCCGAACAGAAGAUGGAGUUCAGGGGUUAGAGGGUCAGGUUAGGGGAAAAGACAAGCAGCGGGUAGAACUAGGGCAUUGGGGUUGGGUAUGCGUGAAGAUACUACUGUAGAAUUCACAUUUGGCCAACUGUUUUCAAGUGCAAGUUCCCAGUUUCUACUUCCUUCCCCAUAUGACCAUUCAACCAGUUGCCUUAUGAGAAGUACCAGUUUUUUCCACCAGCUGUUUUGAUUAGUGUAGUUGUUUGAUUUCAGUUAGAAACUUUACUACUGAACUUCCUUCGUUAUUUUAUCACAGCAUAUUGUCCGACCAUGUUUUGCCAAACUGCUUUCUCACAGCUCUGACGGAUGCUUAGGCAGUGUUAACAUUUCUGAGCAACUUUUUGGGCAGCUUAUUUUAGCAACCUUGGGAAAGGAAGUGCCUCAACACUUGUAUUACCUUACUUCUUUUUCUAGUUGUUCAAUUAGUUGUCCAAUAUUAGGUCCCUUUUUAGGUAAAAAUGUGUUGGGAUUAAGGUGGACUGGGACUGGCCUCAGCUACAGACUGCACUUAGCUACUUCAAUAGCUUCACGUCCCUUAACUGCAUUGGAGAAAACAGAAGGAAGGCCUCUCUGCAAAGGGAUCACCCAUUUUGUCAAAGAAAAGUCUGAUUUGAUAUAAAUAUAAUAUAUUGUCCACAUAUAUAUAUAUAUAUAUAUAUAUAUAUAUAUAUAUAUAUAUAUAUGAUAGAUCUAAUAGUAAACGGAUCCAUGUUAUUUUGUAUACCUGAGUAUGCUGUGGUACUGUAUGCUCUCUAACAGUAGACAUAACUACAAGUUGGAUGUUGCUUUACCAGGUGGGAAGAUGAAUGAUGAGGACCGUUUUUUUAACUGCUGUUGCUGCUGAACACAGCAGCACACAGCAUGUGGUUAAAGAGUUUUUUGAAUACCUGUCCACAUCAUAAGCACCUAAACAAGAAAGACUCCAAAAACGUGCAAAUGCUGCAGUGGUUUUCCAGUUAAUGUAGGUUUCCUCUUAUGAGUUGAGCAACACUGCAGCUCUUACGAUGCGUGUCCACAGGUAGCAUCAUUUCCACGCUUCCCAUUCAUUGUCUUUGUAAGCAGCCACGCAAUGCAUUCUGGUUGCGUUGCGGCGAGUUUCGAGAGACAGGGCAUCAAGUAGCCCACUCCUCAUUUGCACAAAUUUGAGGUCCACGCUACUUUAUGCAAAUCAGGGGCAUCCAUCACACAUCACCUUCUCUUGAAACUCCCGAAAAUCUUUAAAACUGACCGCUGUAGAUCUAAAAUGAAGACAGAUUCAGAACUGGGUAGCUUCAUUCUCGCAUUAAAGUUUUUCAGAAACACAAUUUCGUAAAAUAAGAGAACGUUUCCAAACGAGCCGCCAUGUUGGUCCGGUUUGAAAUCCAGGAGAAGACAACCCACAGGUAAAAGGGUUCGUCCAAGUUUUGUUUGCUUGAGAAACUGAUAACAGCUAGUGGCAAGUCCGUAAGCAUCCAAUGCUGGGAAGCGUGGCGAUUCCUCACGUCAAAAACCGUCACUGUGGACAUGUACCCUUAGACUUAUGGCAAUGUCUGUUGGAACGCUGGGCGUUAUGCAAGAACAUUUUCAUAGUCUUAUCCUAAAUCUAUCUUACUUUUUUCUUUGACGUUUGCUUGUACGAGUCAGAUUCAGCUUAUAACUCCAUAAACAUGUCGUAAAUCGCUCAUUUCAACCUGCCACGUGGUCAUGAGAACGUGUGCAUUCCUGAGUUGUGUUUGUUAGCAUAAUCAACGCUUCAAACGUUUUAUAAGGCUACCAGUUUCAUUCACAAAAAUGUGAAAAGCAGAACGAGAUCAGCGGACAUAACAUAACAUUUACCAGUGACAGUAGUCUUAUAACUGCACCUUGAAAAAAAGAAAAAUAGGCUAUUACUAUGGUGGUCUACGCUGUCAUCGCAGAGCCGUACCGUGACAAAAAUAUAGUGGGAAUGGUUUGAUAUGAAAUGUUUUUGUUAAUAGCAAACUACAGCGGUUUCAGGUUCAGAGUGUGGUGAUGUGGACAUGGUCAUAAUAGAAACAAAGAACUGAGUUUCAGAGGGGACAGCAGUUGAAUCUGAACAGGGUUGGUUUUAGCUGGCCUUAUAUAAUCUUUCUAACGUCUUUCUAAUGCUGACUGUUCAAUACUUUGUAUCUCACUUUAGAAAAACAUUGUGUAAAAAGAAAAAAUUAAACGUUUGUUUAUCUGUUA